AAGAUAUUAGUUUCACCGUCGGAGAAAUCAAUGACAUCGAGCACAACAACAACGACGACUAGUACAACUACUGUAUCAGCGGAAGAUUGGGAGAGAAGAGACAGUAAUUGUUACUUCCCAGAUUGUCGUAAAGAUGCGAAUUGCAGUUGCGAGAUUUGUCUUGACAGUCUCAACGCAACGCUUGAUCUCAUGCCUCUCAGUGUUCAAAAAAGCUCUCUCACUAAGCUUUCUUUUGCUUCCAAUUUCAAAUCCACCGUUGAAUCUACUCCGACUUCGUUUGAUCCGACGGUGGUCACCACACCCGCUUCUGUUUCUCGCCCAAUACUGAAGUUGAUGAUCUCUUCGCCGAAGAAGAAACAGAUCAAGAAAUCAACAGUUUCCGAACCAAAGAAGACGACGAAGAAGAACGAGAGAAGUUCACUGAUUCGUGUUGUUCUGAAAGUGAUUUUGAUGAUUGGGUUGGUUCUGGGUUUGGAAUUAGGGUUUAGUUGGGUGUUUAAAGGGGUUUUGAAAUCCGAAUUUACAGAGGAGAUAGUGAGGAGAGCUGGUGAGAGAACUGAUGCUGAUCUUGAUCUGGGAGUGAAGCUGAGACUCUUGGAAGACGAAUUGAAGGGUUUUGUUAACAAUGGCAAGUUUUCGAGUUGCAUAGGUUCUGAUUCUAAAUGGAAAAUCAUUCAGGAUGGUCCAUUGUUGAACUCAAAGUGUGUUCUGUACAAAUCAGCCAUUGAAGAGGUGAGUAUAUGGGGAUGGCCUUUGCAGACAUCUGGAUUGUUCUAUACCGGUUUCUCCUCAAGUUCGAUCACCGUGUUAUCAGGCCGAGUAACUGAGUGGACCGAGGGGAAAUUCGGUUACACGAUGCGCGAGACCAAUACUUCAUGGAGGAAAACCAAAUGGAGCGCAUCGGUUCUGCAACUAGAUUCAAACACAUGGGUUCUUGAGUACAGCAAAAGCUCGGUGAUGGAUGAUAGUUCGAGUUUGUUGUCACUAACAAUGGAUCUCAUCAAACACAUGGUGUUUAGAGCAGCAAAGAAUGUAAAUCGGGAGAUUCGAACCGGUUCUUCCCUGACUAUAAGUUUUGAUGAGAGAGAAGAAGUAAUCACACACUUGUUCUUCGAUUCGUUUCUGGGAACUAGCUCUGAAAGAACAACGAUGACUAUGGCCGCUUUGAAUCAGCUAUUUUAUGUCCUCGCGACAAAACCCGAGCAGGAGAAGAUAACGCCUGAAGAGUCUAGUGCUAUUAUCUCUUGCCAUUUCAAAGUUUUGUGGACUGCUGGUUUUGCGUCUGGUGUAGGGGGAGGUUUAACUUGGCAAGUGACAAAGAAGUUGAAAAAGCCGAAAGGACUUGAGAGGAUUGCUCUUGCUACUGGAGUGGCUGCUGCGACUUUUGUUGUUGCUUGGAAUCGGGCAAGUUCCAAAAAUGCAGUUUCAUGCCUUGAUCAUAUCCUUAGUCAAGAUGCAACACGAAUGCAGAAAGAGCUUGUCAAUGUCUUAGUCAGGUCCAAUAGAGGUGAAGAUUGGAGGUGGCAACUUAUGUCCAAGCAUUUUUACCCCGAAUCUGUUUACGGUGAUGAAGGAGACAAACCUCAAAUGCGUUGGCGUAGACGAACCACUUUCACCGAAAUUGCCUCUUCUUAUGAUGAUGUCAAUGCAACCAAAUCUCAGAGAAACCCCAAUGGCUUACCAAACCCUUCUCAUCGAAGCAUUUCCAAUGGAUCUGAUGCUUCAAAGACUAAACCGAUGCUCCAAAAUAGCUCUGGAAACUCAGAUGGCGAAAUGCCGGAAGAAGAUGUUCUUGACAUUGUAUUUGGUGGUUCAGAACCAACAGAGAGCAUUCCUGCGCCAGUUAUUUCAAAGGCUGCUAGCAAAACGCAAACUCGCAAACAGAAAAGAGCUCAACGGAGACAGAGGCUUAAAAACCGUGAAGCUUCCACAAAUACUCCUCAGUAUGAACUUGCAUAGAGAAAACAAAACAAUUAUGCUUCUUUUGCUUUAUGUUUAUCACCAUGUAUUUGUCUCUUUAUCGAUGGCUCCAAGUUUCAAUCCCAAUUUGUCAUUUUGAAUCUCAUUUUAUGAAGGAUGAUUAUGUAAGAAUAUUGACGAUGAUAAGAUCUUUUCAUUGUACCUUAUAUGCAUUGUAACUCGUAAAAUGAAUAUGAAUAAUGGUC